CGGCCCAGGUUAAAAAGACGCUGUCGCGCGUCGCAUGACUUGUGCCCAGCUUCUUGCCUCUCUGUGCCCAUAUCCUCGCCACUCCGUGCGCAGAUCCUCGCCACACCGAUCCCAGACUCGCGCAAAUACAUCAACAAGCACAGAACCACCCACCACAUCGCAUCCGACCCACCAUGAGCAGCGACGGAUGGGAAGAGGUGGUGCCGGAGCCGUACGAGAUGCCCGAGGGCUACCUCAACAACCUGACCGACGAGCACCAGGCGAAGCUGUACAAGAUGUGGGACGCCUUUUUCUCCGUGUGCGACAAGGCCAGCGGCGACAAGGACCAGGGCGCCACGGGCUUCUCUGAGGACUGGGGCGUGGACACGAACGCGGCCAAGAGCAAGAUGGGCGGCAUCGGGGGCGCAUCCAAGAUGCUCAAGAACAGCGGCAUCGAAAAGGAGGACGACGCCAAGGCGGCGGCCCAGGCGCGCUCCGAGGAGGCCAACAUGGAGAAGCUCCUCGCCACGUACGGGCCCGAGGCGCUGCGCAAUGCCUUUUGGGGCCUGUGCAAGCGCGACAAUCCCGACAUUACCAUGCUGCGCUUCCUGCGUGCGCGCAAGUGGAACAUCGACCACACGACGGCGAUGAUGGCCUCGACACUCAAGUGGCGCCUCGACACGAACCUGGACUCGCUCCUCGAAAACGGCGACCUGGGCAACGGCAAGGAGAUUCCCAAGUACAUUGAAAACUUUGACGAGAACGGCAAGGUGUUUACGCUCGGCACAAACUACAAGAACCAGCCGGUGAUGUAUGUGCAGUUUGGCAAGCACAUCAUCUGGGCGCAGCCGCAGGCGACGACGAAGAAGUUCAUCAUCGCCCACUUUGAGCUCGUCCGGCUGCUCGUGGUGCCGCCCAACGACAAGAUUGUCCUCCUCUUCGACUGCACCGGCUUCGGACCAUCGAACCUGGACGUGACCAACUUCCUCUACAUCCUCCAGUGCCUCCAGUCCUAUUUCCCCGAGACGCUCUCUGUCCUCUACCUGCACAAGGCGCCGUGGAUCCUGCAGCAGGCGUGGCACCUCGUCAAGUGGCUGCUGGACCCCGUCGUGCGCGCCAAGGUGCAGUUCACCAACCACCCCGAGGAGCUCAUGAAGGAGAUUCCGCCCGAGCACCUGCUCAAGUACAUUGGCGGCGAGGUCGACGUCGAGUUCAACUGGGUCCCGCCCGAGGAGGGCGAGAACAGCCUGCAAGAAGAGAAAGAGGAGCGCAAGCGGCGCUGGGACAACCACCGCCGGUUGUGCAACGAGUUUGAGCAGGUGACACGCCACUGGGUGGCGACCGAGGGCAAAGAGGGCAGCGAGGCGCGGCGCGUGCUCGUCAAGAAGCUCCGCGUGUCCCACUUUGACUACGAGCCCUACUGGCAGGGCAUGUGGGUCCACCACCGCAACGGCGACUUGUCGAUGAAGAACCCGGGCAUGAUCCGGUGGCAGUAUCCCUACGCCGACGGCAAAAAGAUCCGCCAGGUGCUGGGCCACGAGUCGAGCCGCAAGACGCUGGUGCGUGAGCUGCAGGAGAUUGCCGCCGGUGCGCCCGUCGACUUCGCAGAGGCGCGCACCAGGGACAUGCUCAAGGACGGCUCCUGGGGCAAGUGGGACUCGUGCGAGGACCUGCCUGCGCCCCCGACGGGCUUCCAGGACGGCAAGCUGCUGCACGACAACGAGUUCGCCGGUGCGGCUGCCCUGAUCGACGUCAUCGGGCUCAAUGGACCCGAGACGAUCGACGAGGCCAAGAAGAAGGCGCCCAAGGACGGUGCUGCAGGCGAGCAGCAGCAGCAGCAGCAGCAGCAGCCGGCGCGCGCAGUCAAUGCUGUGCCAGUCCGCGGCAAGCCGAGCAGUGCCGUGGAGAACGGCACGACGAACGGCAAGGCGGCCCCGGUGCAGGACGGCAAGGCGAGCGAGAAAGCCAAGCCAGCGGCGGCUGCCGGCGUGUCCGACUAUGGUGGCGACCAGCAGGAGAAGGUCGGCUUCUUUGGCUCGCUCAAGAAGCGGAUCGUGGCGUAGGCAUAUCACUUCCCACACGCAUCUCGAGUGCUAGGCCACGGGGAGAUUGAGACACCACGGGGAAAUUGAGACACCACGACCAGUGCAGUCAGGACCUAGAACACAGCUAUACUCCUGGGCGCGCGCCAGUCGGCGAGGAAGACUCCUCAGCGCGGCUCCGGCCCUUUUUCUGCGCCUAUUUAUUUCUAAUUUCCGUCUAAUGAAAUGACAUUGUUC